GACAGCCUGCGAGAGGUCAGCCUAGGGCGGCCCGCCAAAGCAUCAGAGCAGUGUCAAGACCCAGGGCGGCCUGCCCCAGCUGAUCAGUGUCAGGCUCACGGCCCGCCCACCAGCGUCAGAUCGCAGGGUCAGGCGACUUCCGGAAUCGUGGCUCAAGGGCGGAAACCACAGGCGCGGACCGCGCAAGGAAACUUGGCGUGGAAUCUUGGCACUUAG